AUGUUCAGGUCCUAUCGAUACCAUCCGCACUACUCCCAGAACGUCCGCGGGGGUUUCCGUUCGUUAACUUACAGCCAUAGCAUCGAUCCGAACAAGCCGAUAUGUAUGAAUGACAUUGACGGUGUCUGUACUGACCCAAAGUGCAAGAAAGGUCAACAUUGGAAUAAGAUGGGGUUGAGUGACGACAUGAUCCUUGUUCAGCUCGGGACAAAGAACCCCGGCCAGACCGAAGACGAACGCAAGAAAUGGACCGAAGGACUCAAGGAGGUGGUAAAGGUCCUUCGACAACGCGGCGUAAACGAUCCGGAAUUAGUUGCGAAAGAAAUCGCAAACUACCGACGACGAUUUCUCGGCGAUGAGACACGGGUCUUGAACUUAUGA